AUGUCUGAACCUAUAGCCCCAGAGGCAUCUAGUCAACAAGUUGAACAAGUUGAACAAGUUGAACAAGUUGAGCAUGUUGAACAUGUCAAACCAGAAAACACACCACCUACCGAAUUACCCACCGAACUACCAACCAAAGAGGAUACAGUAUUAGCUGACAACACACAAAAUGGAUCUGCCCAAGAAAAUGGCGCUCAAAAAUCAGCAUCACCACCUUUAUUGAAAAACGUUGAAUCUAAGUAUUUUACAAACAAUACAGAUUUUGAAUCUUUGGGCAUUAAAACCAAGAGAACCAUCCCGGAAAACUUUGCAAAACAUGAAUCGCCGUUCUUUGAACCCACAAAAGAUGGAUUUGAAUCAAUACCCACCUAUUAUCUUACAGAAUCCCAAUUCGAAGAUCCAAUGUCAUUCAUAGAGAGUAUCAAAGAUGAAGGUGUAAAAUAUGGUGCUGUCAAGAUAAUACCUCCAGCUGAUUGGAACCCUGAAUUUGCAUUAGAGCUUCCAAGACUAAAAUUCCGUGGAGCCAAACAGUCAUUAAAUCAUCCAACUUCAAAUUUUAAUGAAAAAAUCCAGUUUUAUAAAGAUUUAUUGGCGUUCCAUAGAUCGAAAAAAUUACCAUUGUUGAGAUUACCAUCAAUUGACCGUCGUGUUUUGGAUUUGUUCAAGUUAAGAAAAUCAGUACAUCUGAAAGGUGGAUUUGAUUUAGUGUGUCGUAAGAAAUUGUGGGCACAAAUUGGUAGAGAAUUAGGAUAUACAGGUAGAAUAAUGACUUCAUUAUCAACAAGUUUGAAAAAUUCUUAUCAAAAAGUUGUUCAUGCAUAUGAUUUGUUUUUGGAAGGUAAAGAUGUUGACAGUUCUGAAGUUGUGAAUGAUGAAAACAAGAGACCUUUAGAAGAGGAAGAAGCUGUUGAUGCCGAAGCUAAAAGGGUUAAAUUAGAACAUCAAGAACUUCAAGUAGAUGAUACUGUCCCAACUAUAUCAAACUCAAGAAAAGUUUUCAAAAGAUCAAGGGAUAUUUUGAAAUCCAAGGGGUUCAAAACAAAUUUUGAAUCGUAUACUGAGGAAAAGCAAGGUAUUACCCAAGUUGAUGAUUAUACUUAUCCAUAUUACGAUUUCACUUAUUGGCAUAAAGGUGUUGAAGUUUUAGAUUUCCCAUUUCCUAGUACAGAAAUGAGUCAAUUACAUACCUUGGAUAAAUUUUAUGAAAAUCAUUUAAAUGUUAAAUCAAGUUUAUUUGCAAAUGAAGUUAAUGAUGAUGAUGAAUUUAUCAAAAAAUUUUGGAAUUUAAUUGAAACUAAAUCUUCUAAUUUUAAUGUUGAAUCUGCUUCAAAUUUAAGUACAAGUAUUCAUGGGAGUGGAUUCCCAACCAUGACUGAUGUUUCAAGAUUCAAGACUCAAGAUGUCACAUCACCUUGGAAUUUGAACAAUUUGUCAUUGAAUGAGAAUGGGUUGUUGAGAUAUUUGGUUAAUGAAAAUGAAUCAAUCACAAAACCAGAAUUGGAUAUAUCAAUGCUUUAUAGUACAAAAUCCUGGAAUAUAGAGGAUCAUUUCCUUUUCGGUUGUGAUUAUCAACACCUUGGUGAUUCAAAGAUUUGUUAUUUCAUUUCACCAAAUGAUAAGGAAAGUUUUGAAAAAAUCUUGUCCCAAUAUAUCAAAUCUAAUGAAGGUAAUGUUGGCUCAUAUGUGAUUCGUUAUAAUUCUGAUAUUUUGAUUCCAUUUUCAAUACUUCAACAAAAUGGUAUUAAUGUUCGUUAUACAAUUCAAAAACCUGGACAAUUUAUCAUCAAGUUUCCUAAAACUUAUUCAUCAUCAGUUUCAUUAGGUUUCAAUAUAAGUGAACAUGUUAAUUUUGCAUCAGCUUCAUGGUUAGAUCAUGCAUUAGAAGCUGAGAAUUGGCUACAGUCACAAGGGUUACUACCAUGUUUUUCAUUUUUCCAAUUAUUAACCUCGAUUGCUGAGGAUUCAAAAGAUUCAACAUUGUUGAAAAAAGUUUUACCAUUUUAUAAUGAAUUGAUUGAACAACAAUUCGAACUUCGGUCUAAGUUGAAGAGUACAGUUUCAAAUUUGAAAACUGUUAAUAAUAAAUUUGAUUAUAUUAGUGAUGAUAAUUUAACAGUUUGUUUCCCAACGAAAAUAGUUGUGACACAGGGGAAUGAUUGUUUUAAUUUUGAGCCUGAAAACUUCAUGAAACUGUAUCAAGAUGGUGAAUUUGAAGGAGUUGAUUUCAAAUUUGAAAUGCAUGUUUAUUAUACAGAUGAACGAUUGAAAACUUUCCAAAGAACAAUAUCAACUUAUGCACAAACGCCCAAGGAUUGGGUCAUGAAGUUUGAAGAAUUGUUGAACACGCAUUCAAAACCACCAAUUCGAUCAUUAAAGACGUUGUUGAGUGAGAGUGAAAGAAUAAUGGGGAAUAUUCCUGAAGCUCAAGUGUUGAAACUAUAUUUAGAUGAUGCAAACUAUUGGAUUGAGAAAGUUCAAGAUAUUUUGAGUGUUAAACAAAAGAAUAGGAUAAGGAAUAGAAGAGUUUCUAUUAAAGAAUUGGUUGAAACUUCAAAUUCUAAACCUGAAGAGAUUGAGAAAUUGAUUAAUGAAAUUCCAAAAUUGAGUUUUAGUUGUCCUGAAGUUGAUCAAUUGAUCGAAUUUGCUAAUGAGAUUUAUCAAUUUGAGAUUACAGUUCGUGGAUUUUUAACAGAUAAUGGUCAUACCAUUGAGGAAUUUUAUGAUAUGAUUGAUUUGGGUAAAUCAUUUGGUGUUGAAUUACAAAGUGUGGAAUUCUUAGAAAGAAUUGUUCAUAGAAUGAGUUGGGUCAAUCGUGCACAAGAGAUUUUGGAAAAAUCUGAUAAUUUAGCAGAUUUUAAAGCUAUUUUGGAUGAAGGUUAUGCGAUUGGUAGUAAGAAGGAUAAAGAGUUGAUUGAUAAAGUUGGAUUGAAAUAUAAGAACGGGAGUUAUAUGAAUGCUAAGUUGAAACAUUUCCUGUCAUUACCUUCAUUAUCAAUAAACAUUGUGGAUAUGUUAUUAAAUGAAGCUAUUGGAUUACCAAUUGAUCAAAAUGUUAUGAAAACAUUUGAAGAUAUUAAAACAAAGCAUGCUAAAUCAUUAGAAGAAAGAGAUCAAAUUUAUAAAUUUCAAGGUGAUGAAAAUGAUAUUAGACCAAAAUAUUCCAUUGCAAGAGAUAUUUUAGAAAGAUCAAGACAAUUCCUACCUUCAAAUCCUAGUGAUCCACUUGAUAACUAUUUGAGACAAGCUGAGGAUUGGUUAAGAAGAUCUAAAAAGUUGUUUGGUAAGACAAAUGCUCCUUUCAGUGUUUUAAAGAGUCAUUUGAGUACAAUUUUGGAGAAGAAUUACUAUUGUUUUAAAGUUGAUGAUAGAUACAACAAAGAGUUGAAUGAAGUUGAUCACAAGAUUUUCUGUUUUUGUCGUCGUUUAGAAAGUGGUACAAUGAUUGCAUGUGAGAAAUGUAAUGAAUGGUAUCAUUGUAAAUGUUUGAAAUUUGGAAGAGGGAAAUCUAAAAAAGUUGAUAAUUAUAUUUGUCCAAUUUGUGAUUAUAGAAUAGUGAUUCCAAGAGAGUAUAAUAGUCCAAAAGUUGAAGAAUUACGUACAAUCAUUGAUGAAGGUUCAUUUUUAGAGUUGGCACCAGAUGAAUUAUAUUUGGUAAAGGCUAUUUAUCAAGAUGCAGCAAAUUUCCAACAUUUCUUGAGUCGCGAAUUAAACUGGGUUGAUGGUAAGAUUGUGGAAGAUGAUGUUGGUAAGGUUAAAUUUUACCUAAGAAAACUAUCAGGUGCUACUGUGUUGUUAUCAAAUGAAUAUAAUCAGUUGAGACAAUUGGCACAUAAAUUGGAUCCAAUUUGUGAAGUUCCACCUCCAAUCAUUGAGAAUUCAACAAAGACAGCUAGGAAAAGAGCUAGAAAGCAACUAGUUAAGGAUACAGAGAGUCCAGGUGUUAGUACUACUGAGGCUACACCUGAUACUACAUUGGAUACUAGAGUUAGUAUUCCUUUACAAACACCAGUUAUUCAAGCACCACCUCCAUCAGCUCAACCAGCUCCAGUUGUUGUUCCAGAGCUUAUUGCACCAGAGCCUAAAACAGUCAGUGCUGAAGAGAAUCCAAAGACUGAUGAGCCUACAAAAGAUCAAGAAGCUGAUCCAAGUAAUACUUUAUAG